AAUUGGCUGGUUCAUGCAACAGACUGAGCCAUAAAUCAUGGUUGACAAACUACAGUUGCUAAUAAAGCACACUGCUAAUUAAUACAACUAAUUAAGUCAAAACAAAGCAAAAAAGCUACAUUAUGACUGAGCAUACCUUGUGAACCCAUCCAGUGAUUUGCCCAAAACCACAUAAUGCUUUUUAUAGUAGAGGAAGGAUUUGAAUCUUCGAAUAUUUCUUCUCCCUCUUCCACAAAAUGGAUUAUUCGGGAUAUGACCCUCUGUAUUUCGGCACCCACAUCUAUGUCACCUAUCCUUCCCAUUCUUACUCUGAGCUUGAUUUUUUGCCUCCAUAAUCUGAUGUUUUGCACACAUUUCAAAAUUUAUUUAUUUAUUUAUUUAUUUAAUAAAUUUAUUCACCGCCCAUGUCUCCCCAAUGGGGGGACUCUGGGCGGCUUACAAUAAAACAAGAUUAAAAUAUAAAACCAUUACAAUUACAAAAUACAAUAAAAAUAUAAAUAUAAUAAAAUCUACAUGGCGAAGAGAUCUUAAUCAGACCUUCAGUGUGGUAGGUCCCUCCGGAUCAUUUCAUGGCGCUAGCCAUCCCCAGGUGUAAUUAUUUGCCCUCCCAUUCCAAGCCUGCCUACAAAACCAGUCUUUAAUCUUUUGCGGAAGUCCAGGAGUGAGGGGGCUUGUCUCACCUCUGGGGGAAGGAUGUUCCAAAGGGUGGGAGCUACAGCAGAUAAGGCAUGCUUCCGAGACCCCGCUAGAUGGAAUUCUUUUAUAGAUGGGGCCCGUAACAUGCCCUCCCUGCAUGACCAGAUGGGGCGGGUCGAUGUAACAGGGAUGAGACAGUCCCUCAGAUAUCCUGGUCCCAUGCCAUGUAGGGACAAAAUUGCCAAAUUGCUGUAACAUUUUCCAUUCAGGGGUGCAGUUAAAGUUAAUAUUUAAAACUUUUCUCAUAUUGCGUUGCUUAAGAUGAAUUGGUUUUACACGACUCUUGAUUAUUCCCCCAAGGUGCUUACACAGUGUAAACAGUUUCAAAAACAAAUUAUCCCAAUGAACCUGGGAAGGUAUUAAAAUAAGAGAGAGUGGCAAAAAAUGUUGCUGAGCUGAGAUUUGUACCCAGAUCUCCUUCUUUCAUAUCUGUUAAAUCAGUUACAUCGCAAUCACAAAUUAUUUAUUGUAUGCCUUUUGUUGGAUUUAUGGGCUAAUCAGAUUUAAAUCCAGUUAAAACAAUAGAACAUUCCAGUGCAAAGUAAAGCAGUAUAUUAUAUUAAUCAUGUGGCAUGCAGCUGGACAUUGUAUAUUUCUUUUCUACAGUGUAAAUGUGCAGGAUCCUGACAUGGAUCAGGAUUACCAUGAGCAAGGAGAGAAGUUUCAAAAGGGGAGGGAAGCACCCAAAUUUUGAUCACAUGACUGUCCCCUGUCACUGUGUUCCAGACUGCUGCACUGGCCAGAACUUCAAGCACCAGUCUUAAGUCACUUUCUUCAGCGCAUUCAUUUGAACGGUCACUGAACAAAUGGUCAUUAAGCAAGGACUACCUGUAUUGUUAAAACAGCUGCUCCCUCCUCUGUUUAGUUACACAGCCAUGUGUUGACUGAAAAGGCAGAGUUCCUCCUCCCAUCAGAUUAUGAAACCAAAGGCUAAUUAAAAUAAUAAUUACAUACAACAAAUACUUUUACAACAUGUCUUAUUGAAGGGUAUCAGAGUACAGAGUUUUCCGCUCCCCACAGAUUUACCUGUUGAAAAGAACAUUUUGUGGUUAUGUAUUUAGUAUACGGAGUAUAAACAGCAACCCAACUUUGAAAACUGCUUCCCUGUCAUUCUGUCAUAUAUCUUACCAUAUUCUACACAUUCAGCUUAUAUAUCGCUAUCUAACAAAUGAUUGCCAGCUUCCAGAAAAAGAGAAAACUGGAGAUAUGGUAUUCUGAAAUAAACAUCAUCCAUUUUAUUCUACAAUUCACAAAUAAAUUUAUUUCUUCAUUUAGCGUAUGUGCAUCCUGUCUCUCAUACAAGGCACACAACUUUGUUAGGUAGUUCAGGAAAAUACAGUAUUGAUAAUCAGGGAUUUGAGUAUAGGUUUCUAAGAUUUAUGAAGGCUGACCUGCUGACUUCCGGAUAUAUUGGACUUGAAUACCAUAUCUCCAGCCAGCAUGGUGGCCAAAUUCUAGAAUUUGAAUUCCAACACUUCUGAAGACAAGCAGACUGAGGAAACCUGGUUUACUAAAGGGUUUUAGGAAGUCAAAUUGCAUUGACUUACAUCAAGUUUCGUAUGGUGCAAGGACAGAAGUCUUGCUUCAGAGAGAUCUAUUCCAUUAGGUUCUCAUAACCUUGCUGGCACAAACCAGAUACUUCCAUUUUCAAAGAUUUAAUUCUGUAAACACUUAUAUGAUUAUAUAACCAGAAGUGAAAAUGUAUGUAAGGUUUCUGAAGAAUGCUCCACUCCGCUUAAAAGUAGCCCCAGUACUGCUUUGUCUGCUGUAGAGAAAAGAAAAGAUGAUAUGUUUAUAUGAAUCUGUCCUUUCCAGGGAUUAAUGAACUGAACCAUCACGGUCAAUGGUGAGGGUUGCUGGGUGUUGCAGUUCAGCAAUCUCUGGAGGACCAUGCUAAUCCUAACCCUAGAACUGUGGUUUUUACUCUGUUUCCUUUCUAGUUGGUAACCUUUUUUCACUUCUUCUUGCCUUAGGGAGGAACUUGGGAAGAUGAUGGGUAACUUGGAGAGCAUGGAAUCUACCCAACUCUCCCUUCCAAAGCACAUUUUGGACAUAUGGGUCAUUGUCCUAAUCAUCCUGGGCACCAUUGUCAUCAUGACUUUACUGGUAUUGUGCCCAGCAACAACAGUGAUUAUUUAUCGAGUCUGGACACACCCUAUACAUCAUAAUGGUGCUGAGUGAGAGUUGCCUCCUUGUCACUGUUUGGACUCUACUUUUGAGGAAAAUGCAGUAGGGAAAGCAGCCAAUUUAUCUAGCAGCUUUCAAGAUUAGGUUGAGCCCUGAGCAGGCGUUGGUGAAUUGUCAGCAAGGAUAUGGCAGCAACACAUCUGCUGUCAGCGUGUGAUAAGAAUGCUACAGUUCUCAAGAAGUAUCUUCAAAGCCUGGUUAUCCAUUUGGCCUAUGACCAUAACACAUUACAUCCUGGACUUUAUCCCCACUUGUGGAAACUGCUACAGAAUUCCAGAUCGUUCCAGUUUGGGUUUCUGGUGUGUGUACUUUAAUCAAAAUGUGUCUUCAUGUUUACUGAGCAAACUAUUCCAAAGGACCAAGGAGAUGGCAGAAUCCGAUGCCUGGAGUCCUUCAGUAAAAUUUAAAUGGUGGCUGCUUUGUAUAAGCAACCUGUUUUAUCUGAUCCAGACAAACUUUUUAUCUUCAUUCCAUACAAAUCAGAUGGGAUGGAGAGCGAGAGGUCUUAGCUGAAAUAUUUGUGGUCCAUCUUUUCUUCCAGCGCCCUCUGUUUCAAUCAACACCAGUUAAAGAGAAUCAGAAGGGAGAAAUGAGAAGUCAGCAGAUAAGUGACUAGUUGAAAUCGUAUUUGCGAUCUACUGCAGUGGAAUAGUACAUUCAUGAUGGGAGAUUUGUUUUGAAGAAAUUAAAAAUCUAAGUUAUAAACAAAAUACAGGGGGAGGGAGCGAGAGAUAAGAGAGUAAGAUUCUAGCAAAACAUUUUACUGUAAGGGAUUAGUGUAGGAUGUGCCCAUGAGAAAAGAGAGGUAAAAAAUCUUUUAGUUUGCUCUUGAUUUUGUGAAACUAGAUUUUGUGAUAGGAAAGUCUAUCUCAAGGAAAGGUUUUACAGCUACCGUGCUAUACAAGCAGUGUUAUAAUGAUGUUUUUGUUUCAGGAGAUUGAUCCCUGCCAUCAAACCUUUUUAAAAUAUGUUCUCUUUUCAGUAAUUGACUUCCUAGAAGAACUAAAGUAGCUUCCUCAAUUUGAUGUCCUCCAUAUGGUUGGGACAAAAUCAUUCAGAAUUCUUGGAGAAAGCCAGUCUAGACAUCUCAUUUACCUAGCUGAUAGAAUAAUUCACAUUUUCAAGAACCAGUCAAUUGAAUGUCCCUUCUCUUUCUCCCAUGGUUAUUGCUGGCUUUAGGAAAGAACACGUUCAGUCUCAGUUGUUUUCCAUUCCCUUGUACAGUAGAGCUGGCAGCCUCUCAUCCACGUGGGUUCUUAGACCUAUAACAUCUACAGAGAACAGAAACAUUUAGCAGGCAUUGUGGUCAAUGUCUGGAAGGAAAUACUCUGGCAAGUGAAAAAUAGUAAUAGUGUUUAAUAAAUGAAGCAGCCAGUCACUACUCAUAUACAUAUCAACAGAUACUGAAUUCAUUUCCAGUCAAUAUAUGAGAAAAUUGUUGUAUUAAAUUACAAUAUUGCACAAUGCCAUGUAAUAAACUUACUGAUGCCUGUCUCUGAA